CUUAAAAGGGCAAAGCCAAAUCGAAAAUGGUGAAGAUAGACUGGGAGAAGGUAAGAGCGGUUGUAGAAUUGCUUCGCUUUUGAUUCUUAUCUUUACUCAGUUUACUGCGAGCUUCGGAUUUCAUGUCUUCCUCGCCGUGGUUCACAGUACCACGUUCGUCGCUCCGCCGCACAACUCUUCCGCCUCUCGUUCCUCUUCAUCCUCGACGCCGCCAGCCGUCUUCCUUGGAUUCACAUGCUCAGAAAGCUAGGUUUCCGGAAGCUCGCGGGAACGAGCUGAUUUACAGGAAUUAUCUGCCAACACUUCGCUGCUCCUCCCAUAGUGAUACCGAUGUAAAGUUGUUCUGAUUUUGCAUUUUCGCUUUCAAUUUCGUUAAUGUCUGGAUUAUACUGGUGCUUCUCGAGUUGUUGUGGUUUCAAUUGAUUCAUUUAUUUGCAUUUCCAUUUGAUUUUGAGCUUGGAAUUGUGUGGUAGCUAGCUUUUUAGGAGUAUUGUGUAGGAAGUAUGGUCUUUCGAAGAUAUUUUUCGAAAUAAUUCAAAUUUGGCGAAACAAAAAUUCAUUUUCCUAAAGUAUUUAGGCUGAAUGAGUCGAGCGAAACACUCUCUCCUUAAAAUGAUUCUGUUUAUUCUUCUAAGUACGCUCAAGGAUAAUCCAGUCAAAUUGAACAUCUUCAAGAACACAUCUAAAUAAGAAGCUGAGACACGGGAAGUCUUAAAACAAAGAUGAGAGUUUAGCAUAAGCCUAAGCUACGCUAUUUGUAAAGGAGGUUGGAGUAGUUGCUGUUCAAGACUGACAUUCACUCAUAUGCCAGCUGUAGGAGUUUUUACCCUUAGGCGGUGUGUUAAUGCGACGAUUAACCUCAACUAAUUGAAGUGAAUGGACACCAUUAUUCAUAUACUCCGACUUUGGUUGUCCACGCG